AUGUUGCUAACCAACAACAUCACCACAGAUGUAAUAAUAGCAAUCUCUACGAUUGCUAUUGUCAUCUAUUUGUACGUAAAACACCAGUACUCUUAUUGGAAGAGAUUGGGCGUUCCACAAAUGAAGCCGACAUUUCCAUUGGGAAAUUAUAAAUUCAGCUUCCCGAAGGGCCUGCAAAUGGGAGCUUACACCGACCUUUACUACCAGGAGUUCAAAAAAAUUGGAGCCCCGUUCGGAGGCGUCUACAUUGGUUUAACCCCACACCUGGUGAUUACUGAUCCUGAUAUAGCCAAAGCUAUAUUCAUCAAGGAUUUCAAUUACUUCACCGACAGGCACAUGUACAGCACCAAGCAUCAGCCCAUAUCGGUGAACCUUAUAACACAAAAAGGGGACGAAUGGAAGGCUGCUAGGGCUAAGCUUACCAGUUUAUUCACCACGGCCAAAUUAAGAUCCUUCAUUGAAUUUGCCACUAAGUGCAAGCUGGACUUGGUCGCUCAUGUGGAUGAAUUAGCCGAUGGGAAACAGGACGUUGACAUUAUUAAAAUCACCACUUUAUACAUUGCAGAUAUUAUAACUAUGGUACUAUUUGGCUUCCACGCUCAAAACUUUAAGUGCGAAAAUACGGAUAUCAUCAGCUUGGGAAAGGGAUUUUUUAAUUCGUUCUCGACAGCGUUUCAAAUCCAGCUGUUGAUUACCCAUUGCUUUCCGAAAUUGGCAGCGUUUCUGCGUAUGGGUAAUGUGCAGAAGAAAAUUGAGGAAAUCGGGUAUACUUUCAUUCCCAAAGCGGUCGAGUACAGAAUAAAAAACAACAUACGCGGAGCGGAUUUACUGCAAUUGAUAAUUGACUCUACGGAGCCUGGAAAGAAGUUGCCCAUGGACGAAAUUGUCGCGCAAGCUUUCGCUCUUUUGGCGGCCGGACUUGAAAGUUCUUCGAGCACUUCAACGGUCAUCUUAUACGAACUGGCCAAGCACAAGGAGUACCAAACGAAAGUUCGCGAGGAAAUUUACCGCGUUAAAGAAAAGUACGAGGGAAAGGUGACAUACGAUUCGGUGAUGGAACUCACGUACCUUCAACAAAUCCUAGACGAGUCUCUGAGGUUGUAUCCUCUAGUAACGAACUUAUAUCGGGUAUGCGUUCAGGACUACAACAUUCCAGGAAGAGAUUUUCUGAUUAAAAAGGACACCCCGCUUAUUUUUCCCAUGGUCGGUUUUCAUAGAGAUCCGGACCAAUUUCCAGAGCCCAUGAAAUUCGACCCCAGCAGAUUCGAUAAUAAAAAUGAGAAACACGGUGGAUUCUAUCCAUUCGGAGUGGGCCCCCGUAAUUGUAUCGGCGGUAAAUUGGGUAUGAUCCAAAGCAAACUGGCUGUUCUCGCAAUUAUUGAAAAUUACGAAGUUUCCUUGAGUCCGAAAACCCCAGACACAUUGGAAAUAGAUGAUGGUGCAUUUCUUAUUCAGUUCAAAAAUGUUAUUUAUCUUAAACUGAAGAAAAUUCAAAAAUGA